AUGGACGACACCCCGGAAGAAAAACGUGAGGCCACUAAUGCCUUGGAGGCGCUUAAGAGAGUCGAGCGUCCGACGGUGGCCCAGCGAAUCAACGACGGGUUGGCAAAAGUUCCGGGCCUAAACUCCCUGCUGGAUCUCAAAGUCAAGCAACUAAACAGGGAAAGAAGGAACCUCUACCACAAUCUAGAGAUUCCGGCCGAGGAACUGGACUCCAAAACAGGCUUUCCCAAGGCCACGUAUGCGUCAAACAAGAUCCGUACGACAAAAUAUACCCCCCUCAAGUUCCUGCCCAAGAAUAUUUUCUUCCAAUUUCAAAUUCCAGCUAAUAUUUUCUUCCUGUCCAUUGCUGUGCUUUCAAGUUGGAAGGUUUUUGGUGUAGACAAUCCUGGUCUCAGUGCCGUUCCUAUCAUUGCUAUUGUCGCCAUUACGGCAAUCCGUGAUGGUAUCGAAGAUUACCGCCGCUAUCUCCUUGAUGGCGAACUAAACAAUGGUGUGACGUCUAUUUUGCACGGCGUUGACAACCCUAAUGUGAUUGCAGAGAACGUCAGUCUAUGGAGACGAUUCAAAAAGGUUUCCUCGAGAAAUCUCUCACGGUUUGGUCGCUCCGUGACAUUCAGAAAACAGAAAAAUCUGAAUGCUAUAGAGAAUGCGACUUUACACUCUGAGACGACGGCCCCGGCCCUCCGACCGUCCACGACAACCAAUCGUUUUUCACUAAGUACAUUCAGACACUCGCUAGAUGCAUCUCGUACUCUUGAGCAACCUCAGGGGAAGGUUAAAUUCCGCAGAGAUUAUUGGAAAGAUGUCAGAGUCGGCCAGUUCAUCAAAGUGUUUGCUAAUGAGGCUGUGCCCGCCGAUAUUGUGGUUAUCUCCAGCAGUGAUGAGGAUGGUGAAUGCUUUAUUGAAACCCGGAAUUUGGACGGUGAGACUAAUUUGAAACCUCGUUCUGCCGUCAAGUGCACCAGCCAUCUCAAGCGUGGUAAACAAAUUCGUGAUGCUAGAUUCUGGAUGGAAAUUGAGAAUGCCAACUCUAAUCUGUCGUCUUUCGGUUGGGCAAUUCAUGUUGAUGGCCGUGAAGAACCUCUUUCGGCUGCCAAUCUCAUUCCUCGUGGCAGUACUCUGCGCAACACUAAACACGUUAUUGGCUACGUUGUGUAUACAGGUGUCGAGUCCAAGAUCAUGUUGAAUGCCGGUGAGACUCCCACAAAACGCAGUCGACUUACCCGUCAAUUGAGUUUCUACACUCUUGUUUCGUUUAUUAUAUUGUUUAUCUUGUCUUUUGCUGCUGGUCUCACGAACGGUCUAAAAUUCCGUUCUCACCACAACUCCGCUACAUUCUUUGAGUUUGGAUUGAAUGCUGGUAAUCCCCCCGUUAAUGGUUUCGUCACAUUCUGGGCCUCUAUGAUUGUUUUGCAAAAUUUGAUUCCUAUCUCGCUGUUCAUUUCCGUCGAGAUUGUGCGAACUAUUCAGGCAUACUUUAUCUUCUCCGAUAUGCUCAUGUAUGAUGAGGCGCUCGACUACCCUUGCACUCCUAAAACAUGGUCUAUUUCGGAUGAUCUUGGUCAGAUCGAAUUUAUUUUCAGCGACAAGACAGGCACCCUCACUCAGAACUCAAUGGUAUUCAGGAAAUGUAUCAUUAACGACAAAUCCUAUGGUAUCGCUUGGACCGAAGCAAUGGCAGGUGACUAUAAACGCAAAAAUGGCGAUGCAGCUGCCGAAGAUAAGGGUCAUCUAAUGGAUAGGUUGAUUGGAGAAAAACGACAGAAAAUGGCCGACAUGCUCGUCAAGAACUAUGACAAUCCCUACUAUGAUGUCGAUGAUCCUAAUGAUGAGUUGGCCUUUGUCUCUCCAGAAUUUGCCGAAGAUAUUAUGGGUGCAGCUGGACCUACACAACAGCAGGCAAUUGAUAUGUAUUUGCGUGCUUUAGCGUUGUGCAAUACUGCUGUUACCGAAUUUGAAGACGGCAAACUCAUCCACCAAGCACAAAGCCCUGAUGAAGCAUGCCUUGUCAAGUUUUGUCGUCAAGUUGGCUGCAUGCUGACCGAGGCCAAAAAAGGUUUAAUGUCUGUGAAUAUUCGUGGAGUCGAAGAAACCUAUGAGGUUCUGCAAAUGAUUUUCUUUUCUUCCCAGCGUAAGCGUAUGUCCAUCCUUGUGAAAAAUCCCGAAGGCCGUUGCUUUGUUUUCACAAAGGGUGCAGAUGGCGUUGUAGCCCGUGGCUUGAGUUCCCCACCAAGCAGUACUACUACUGGCGCCAUCAAUGACUUUGCUGAUGAAGGUCUGCGUACUAUGAUGGUUGCCUAUCGUGAGGUAACCGUGAAGUAUGCGGAGGAUUGGGUGCAGCGCUAUGCCGUAGCCCAAGCUUCUACCAAUCGAGAUGUGGAGAUGGAGCGUCUAGCUAACGAGUUGGAAAGCGGGCUCACUCUUUUGGGUGGUACAGCUAUCGAAGAUCUUUUACAGGUUGGCGUCCCUGAUACCAUUCAAAUGCUUUUGCAAGCUGGUAUCAAACUUUGGGUGUUGACUGGUGAUAAGAUUGGUACUGCUAUUUCGAUUGCCUUUUCUUCUAACCUGUUACAGACCAAUAUGAAGCUGAUGAUUCUUGAACGAGCGGAACAAUUGCAAGAAUACUUGCAGGAAUUUGACCUGGAGCUUACCCCCGAUACCCUAAAAGCAGCGAUCGCUGAUCACAGUCCCGCCCCUCCUGAUCAUGCAUUGGUUGUUGACGGAGCUGCACUUGAUGAAAUUGUAACCAGCAUUGAGUACUGCCAGCAGUUUGCUCUUCUGGGCAAAAAGUGUCGCUCUGUGCUCUGCUGUCGGGUCUCGCCUGCCCAAAAGGCCGCAGUGGUCAACAUUGUCAAGAACGUUCUUGACGUGACGACUAUGGCUGUGGGUGAUGGUGCCAACGAUAUUAGUAUGAUCCAAGAAGCUGAUGUUGGUGUGGGCAUUGUUGGUGUGGAAGGACGUCAAGCGGCCAUGUCUUCUGACUAUGCAAUUGGCCAGUUUCGGUUUUUGCAACGCCUGGUUUUAGUCCAUGGCCGUUGGUCAUACAUGCGCACCGCCGAUAUGUCGAUCAAUUUGCUGUACAAAAAUUAUGUGUUCAGUCUUGUUCUCUUUUGGUACCAGAUUUGGACGAAUAUGGACCAGUCGUACCUAUUUGACUAUACGUACAUCACGUUGUUCAACUCCGUUUUCACUUCCUUGCCAGUUGUUUGCAUGGGCUGUUUUGACCAAGAUGUCCCGGACUAUGUUUGUCUUGCCGAGCCCCACCUCUAUGCCAAAGGUAUUUUGCGGCAGGCUUUCACCAAAACCAAGAACUUUAUUUUUGCCCUUGACGGUACAUAUCAGUCGAUUAUUUGCUACUUUUUCGCAUAUGCACUUUUCCACAGUGGGUCUUUUGCCUCAAUGAGCGGCCGACAAGUCAACUACAAGGAGGCUGUCGGUGCGUAUGCUGCUACAACGACCAUCUUGGCCUGUAACGCCUUUGUGAUGAUGAACCAAUACCGGUGGGACUGGCUUUCGAUCAUCGUCAAUGUGAUUUCUUCGGCUGCUGUGUUUGCAUGGACGGGUAUUUACACCGUAUUUACUGCCUCGAAUGUGUUUUACAAGACCGCACCCCACGUUUACGGAACCUUGACGUUCUGGGCAGUUCUUCUCGUGGGACUCGUCGCAUGCCUCAUACCCCGCUUCCUGUACAUGGCUGUGAAGCACGUGUUCCACCCGGACGAUGUCGACAUUGUUCGUGAGCGUCUCGCCCAAGGUGGAUACGAAGACAUCAAACACAAAUACCGAGAUACCAUCCCCACGAAGAACUCCGAAGACGAAAGCCGAAUGCUAUCUAGACAGCCGUCUGUCAUUUCAGAUCCAUCUGCGAUUUCAGAGCGCUUAUAG